AUGACCGUUCCUUCCCAUCAACCUAUCAUUCAUGCCUAUCGAAGCCUUUACCGACAGGCCCUCAAAGCCAUCCGAUAUUCUACUCCCGCCCGGCAUGUCUUACGAUCCACCAUGCGGAGUGCCUUUCGCUCAAAUCACACCGAGUUGGAUCCCUCUAAGAUUGCCAACACUUUACUCUUUUUGGAACGAGCCACCGACGUCCGCGGUCUAGAACACAAGAUUAUGAAGAACUUGAUGUUAGCGAGAUAUUGGGAACAGCCCCAUAUUGCCAGAGAGUCACGCGUAUUAAAAGUUCUAGGUCUCGGCAAAGCAGAAGAUAGAUUACGCAAGAAUGCUUAUGAGCAUUAUAAUUUGACUCUUGAACGCCUGAACGAGAGCCUGGGGACAUGCCUGAAGUGA